AUGUCCUCUGUUCAUGCAGCCCAGGACAAUGAGAACGACAGCCAUUCAUUGGCGUCCAACGCCUCUGAGGGUGAACCUCAUUCAAGGACUCCUCAUAUCUCCCAGGAUCAAGGUCCAGAGGUCGAGAAUUUGACGUCCUAUUCUCGCCGUCGACGACGCAAAUCGAGGCGCAGGACAAUGGGCAUGGAGCGUUCUGAGUAUAUUGUCAGAGGGAAUGAUCCAUUUGACUACGAACAGAAAUUCCCAGAGGAUAAGCAGCACGAGGAGCUUGGGCCAACAGCUAGGGUGUGGAGAACAUACCUUGAAGAAUGUGUUCCAUUUGAUAUUGAGAUGGUGGAAGGGUGGAGAGACGGUCUAGAUGUUCUCCUCGUCUUUGCUGGUCUUUUCUCAGCGGUUGUCACGACAUUUGUUGCUCAGACAUCACAGAGCCUCCAGGUUGAUUAUGGCGCGGUCACUGCCUCACUUUUAAUCGAGCUCAUCAAUGUCCAACGCUCUGCAUCGAACGGUUCCCUCGUAAACGACGUCCCUCGCUCAGACCUCACCUUUCAUCCCUCGGCGUCCGACUCAUGGGUCAAUGGCUUGUGGUUCACGAGUCUCUCACUGAGUCUCACUACUGCACUGUUCGCUGUCUUGACAAAACAGUGGAUCCACCAGUACAUGUCCCAAUGGGGUGUAGCCUUCAUUAUUGGACUCCUUCCUGUCCUGAUGAGUGCAUCGCUUGCUGUAUUCCUUGUGGGAUUGGUUCUUUUUAUCAUCCCCUUGCGUGUGUCUAUUGCCAGUGUCGUUGGAGCAAUCACGUUUAUAUCGUUUUCGGCCUAUAUCGUCACCAACUUCCUUCCGAUCUUAUACCCUUCAUGCCCCUACAAGACUCCGUUGUCACAAUACAUAUUCCCUCUGUACACCUAUAUCUUGCACAAUGGCGUUUUCAACUGGCUGAUCUCUCCGAUCUCCAAACUUGGGGCGGGGCCACCCCAUAAAUCAACCUCUGACACUCCUGCAGUUCGCACGCUGAGGGGUGCUGAACGUGCGGCUGUGGAUGCUAGUGCCGAUGAAACGGAUGUGCAAGCACUUUCUUGGCUCAUUCAUAUGUCGUCGAACCCUAGCGUGGAGAAGAUUGUGAUAGAAUCAACGGGUGCUUUGCCGCUCAAGUCUGUGCAUCCUCUCAAGCGCCAUAUAACCCAUAUCUCUCGCACAUGUUCUACAGCCCUCAAAUCCUUUGCCUGCCGACAAGAGAUCUCCGUGCAUGAACUUAGUCAAGUGGAUCGUCUCCUUCGAGCCCAUCUCUGCUUCACGGACUGGCCCAUUUAUUAUACUAGUAGAAUACCACGACCUGCCAAGGAAUGCCUCUCGCCUGCCAUUUACGCAGACCUUUUGUCUAUUGACCCACUUUGUGAAACGGAGAUCAGAGAACUGAUCAUAUCGAACUUGAAAGCCGGACCCAGUGACCCUCCCGCUCUUCAGUUACAGCCCAUAGUAUGGGCAUAUCUCCUUCGGAAGCUUGAUCCAUCCAAUCCUGAUAAUUUUGGAGUGAUGCAGAUGUUAUUCACAAAUAUACCGCGGUCGUAUUGGAGUGCUGAUUUUACUCCUUCUCAAUUCAUUAUGUGUAGUGGUAUAACAAUCCUUUACGGAGAUACCGCCGUGGCUACCCUUGGGACAGCGAUUCAAGAGUCUUUGUACCCAUAUGUUGCUGAAGUCAUGCUUCGAAUGUGUGGUGAACGCUUCAUGUCCCCCCUGAAUCCCACCUCUCAGGAUCCGCGACUCCCUCUUCUCUUGAGCAUGGCCGACUCACCCUCUAUACGAAGCAUGCCCAGCUCCACCUUUCAUUUCCAUGAUAGUUUGUUUAUCGGGAUAAUACGAGGCAUUGGUGACUUCCUAGGCGUGAAAUCACUUCGAUCAUAUGAUGGCGACAUACCUACUGUCCCCUUAGAUGAUAAUCGUCAAGCUGUCCUGGAAUUUCUAUUCACGCUGAUCUCGCCCGUUGAAUUCGACAAUACUUUAACUCCCCCCGAGUGGAACUAUGUCUUGAUAAUUUUCCUUCGUGUUCUGAAUUCCACAUCGCCUCACCCACCAUUCCUUGCCGAAGACUGGUGCACACCACAGUUAGCCACCAAAUUUGUGCGAAACACUUUGGAGGGCACUUCACGCUGGCAAUAUUCUAAUGCCUCUGAACUGGGUACUUAUUUCUUCCGGUCCACCUCCUUCACCAAUGAGACUGUGGCUUAUUUUGUAUCAAGUUUCUUUAAACACCUGUGCACACAGGACUCCAGUCCUACUGUAUCAAUAUUUUUGAGCUUGAUUGUCACCAUCCUCGCAUCCGAGAAUUCGGAUAUUCAUAUACGCCAGCAAUCACUGGAAUAUUUGUAUGAGCCCAACAAUCUGUUCACUUCUUGCAGUACCCUCAUUGAGUGUGGUCAAUCGGGGACUCUUCGUCGCCUUGCUCUCCUCCGUCCCAAGGACCCUGCCUGGUCUGGCUGUCUACAGAGGCUGCAAGACUUUGAACUCCAAGAAGGGAUAUGGAAUCAACCCCGUAUUAUCGUGGCCAAUUUCAAAGUGUUUAUCGAAGGUGGGUGUGUGGGUACAUUUGGGGAGGAUGACAUGGCAUCUUCCAAUCCCCCGGGACCAGUUCAAGGAGAAAACGACAAUUCUCCACAGCAUCCAUGGUCAACGGUGUGGCAGUAG